GAGAUGGAGAAAAAACAAAACAAUACGGUUAAAGGAUAAACUAUGAGUUGUAAGUAAUAUGGGAAAUUAGAAUGUUAGAUGUGAUGUGAAGGUUUGUACUCACAAUAGAAGGGACAAGGAGAAAGUCAAGGUAUCGUGCAGAGACAGGUGAAGACAGGGAGACAGAGGGGGAGAGAGAUGCUUGACUAUGAUCGACUGUCCCAAUUAUCUGCUGUCAGCAAGGGAGGGGGCAAUUGGGGGAGAAGAAGAGAAGGCAACAAAUGGGUAAAGCCAUAGAAUAGGUUGAAAGAGAAUAAAUAGGAGGCAGACAAUUGAAGCAGUGGUGUGAAGAUUGUUGGAUUUGUGUCAAAUUUCCAAUGAUCUGUUGCCUACGACUGGGGGAGGAGGAGGAGGAUAGAGGGGUGAGGAGAAGAUAGAGAGGGGGGAGAGUGAGAAAGACCUCAGCAAGCAAUGUUGGACAGAGAGGCUGCAGAUUCCUCGCUGGCUCUAUUGAGCAUACUGAGAGGCAGAUCUGCAUGCUGAAGCAACCCAUUGAAAACACAGAGCAGCUCACAGCACACUGCACAUUGCACAUUCCCAGCACGUCUCUAGCUCAUUUUUUUUUCUCUUUUUGCCUCAGACUCAGUAGGAGCAGAUAGGAAGAGAAAGACAGAGAGGGAGAGCCAGCAAUCCUUAAACUCAGCCUUUUUUCCCCCGAUGUGCUAAAUAUUCACCUGUAAACUGCUUUUUUUAUUAAUCAAAAAUGGAACCAUCUCCAGCAGAAACUCGUCUAAAUGGACGUAUGUUGUGGAUAAUUCUUUUAAGCACAAUUGCUCUAGCAUGGACAACGCCAAUUCCCUUGAUUGAGGAUUCAGAGGAAAUAGACGAGCCUUGCUUUGAUCCUUGUUACUGUGAAGUGAAGGAAAGUCUUUUCCACAUUUAUUGUGACAAUAAAGGAUUUACAAAUAUUAGCCAGAUUUCAGAAUCCUGGUCUCGACCCUUUAAACUGUAUCUUCAGAGAAAUUCGAUGAGAAAAUUGUACACUAACAGUUUUCUUCACUUGAACAAUGCUGUGUCUAUUAAUCUCGGGAAUAAUGCAUUACAGGACAUCCAGGCAGGAGCCUUUAAUGGAAUGAAAGUUCUGAAGAGGCUUUACUUGCAUGAAAACAAACUUGACAUUUUUAGAAAUGACACUUUCAUGGGGCUGGAAAGCUUGGAAUAUCUGCAAGCAGACUAUAACGUAAUUAAGAGGAUCGAGAGUGGGGCCUUUAGAAAUUUAAAUAAACUGAGAGUGUUAAUUCUCAAUGAUAACCAUAUCCCCUUGCUUCCAACAAAUUUAUUCAAGUCAGUGUCUUUAACACACUUGGACUUGCGUGGAAACCGAUUAAAGAUCCUGUCUUACAGAGGUAUGUUGGAUCAUAUAGGGAGAAGCAUUAUGGAGAUUCAGCUAGCAGAGAAUCCAUGGAACUGUACUUGCGAGAUUGUGCAGCUGAAGAGCUGGCUAGAACGUAUACCUUAUACUGUUCUGGUUGGGGAUAUUACAUGUGAAAGCCCCUUUCACUUUCAUGGCAAGGAUCUAAGGGAUAUAAAACGAGGUAAGCUUUGCCCCUUGCUGUCUGAAAGUGAGGUUGAAGCAAGUCUGGGAAUACCCCAGUUGACUUCAAGCAGAGAAAAUUCAUGGCCUACUAAGCCAUCCUCUAUGUUGUCCUCUUUUCAUGUCACGGCUUCUUCUGUGGAGUACAAGACUUCAAAUAAGCAACCAACUACCACCAAGCAACCUAGAGCUCCAAAGCCUCCACCAACACCCAGAGGUCUUUAUCCAGGCCCAAACCAACCACCAAUAGCUGGCUAUCAGACAAGACCACCCAUCCCAAUUAUCUGCCCCACUGGAUGUUCAUGCAGUCUGCAUAUCAAUGAUUUGGGAUUGACAGUAAACUGUAAAGAGAAAGGAUUUCACAAUAUAUCAGAACUCCUGCCUAGACCUCUCAAUGCUAAGAAACUUUACUUGAGUGGGAACUUAAUACAGAAAAUUUACAGGUCUGAUUUUUGGAAUUUCUCUUCUUUGGAUUUAUUGCACCUUGGAAACAACCGAAUAUCUUAUGUACAGGAAGGAGCCUUCAUCAACCUCCCAAAUUUAAAGAGCUUGUAUUUGAAUGGGAAUGACAUUGAAAGGCUGACACCUGGCAUGUUCAGAGGUUUACAGAGUUUAAAUUAUUUAUAUUUUGAGUAUAACAUGAUAAGGGAAAUCCAGCCUGCUGCUUUCAGUCUAAUGCCAAAUCUGAAGUUGCUAUUUCUCAAUGACAAUCUGCUACGAACUCUCCCAACUGAUGCCUUUGCUGGCACCUCUCUGGCAAGGCUCAAUCUGAGAAACAACCAUUUUCUUUACCUUCCUGUUGCAGGAGUUCUUGAGCACCUUAAUGCCAUUGUGCAGAUUGAUCUCAAGCAGAACCCAUGGGAUUGUUCUUGUGACAUUGUCCCUCUAAAACAGUGGAUAGACACCAUAAGCUCGGUCAUUGUGGUUGGGGAGGUGUUGUGCACAAGCCCUGAAAAUCUGACACUCAAGGAUCUAAAGUCAAUAGAAAUGGAAAUUUUGUGUCCAGAGCUGUUGCAUGCUACUGCUUCAUCUGCUCUGCCAGGACACAUGGUACCCACAGUCAAUUCAGUCUUUGAGUUUACCACGCCAGGGGGUGCCGUUCCACUGUCUGUCCUCAUCCUCAGCCUCCUAAUAUUGUUCUUCUCAGCUGUUUUUGUGGCCGCAGGCCUUUUUGCUUUUGUGCUGAGAAGGCGCAAGAAACUGCCUUUCAGAAAGAGACAAGAGGUGGAUUUGACUGGCAUUCAGAUGCAGUGUAGAAUCUUUGAGGACAGACCGAACAACUCCCCAGAGAAGGCUCCUGGCCAUGUGUAUGACUAUAUCCCACAUCCAGUAACCCAGAUGUGCAACAAUCCCAUCUACAAACCUAGAGAGGAAGAGAUGGGGGAGGAAUUUUCAGAAACAAAGGAAAAUAACACUAAUUAUAGGACUUUAAUUGAAAAAGAAAAAGAAUGGACCAUGGCAGUGUCAAACUCCCAGCUUAAUACUAUAGUUGCUAUCAACCAGAGUGGGGAAGUACCAAGUUUUCAUGAAAAUGGAGUAAUCUUUCCUGGUAUAAUAGACCGAGAACGGUCAGCUCCCACAGUUGGGUUUGUGGACUGCAUUUACGGCACAGUGCCCAAAUUAAAGGAACUACACGUUCACCCACCUGGCAUGCAAUACCCUGAUUUACAGCAGGAUGCCAGAUUAAAAGAAACCCUACUUUUCUCAGCUGGAAAGGGGUUUUCAGACCAAACCCAAAGUGAAUACCUCGAGUUAAGGGCCAAACUCCAAACCAAGCCGGAUUACCUCGAAGUCCUGGAAAAAAACACUUAUAGAUUCUAAUAUAGCAUAAUUUCAUAGCGCCCAAAAAAACGCAUGAUUCAAGAUGAUACCGUUGUGCUCCCCAAAUUGUUUUGGAGGAAGGGCCAUACUCUAAUCCUAAUUAAUUGAAGUGCCUUCGCAAACUUUUGCCAGCAAUGUUAUCAAUCAUUAUUUUUUAUAUAGGAAUCUAAGAAACUUGACUGUGCCAUGUAAGGUAUGAGGAUAUUUGUACUGAUCCUGAUAAAUAAUUCCACGUGUCCUUUUUGGCAGUAACUUAAACCUUUUCACUUGAGGGUUUUGGGGGGGAGGGGGAUAGGAUGGCAUUGUGGCUUCCUUAUACAUAAAAAUGCCUAUGGCACAGUUCCUGUAUAUUGAUGCAGUUUGCUGCAUGCCUAAAAAAAACUGCAGGGGGGUUAAUGCUCGAAUGUUCUCACCCAAAACACCAAUGCUCAUUCUUUAUUUUAAACCUUCAAUUCAACAUCCAAAACCUGGAUUCACUGCAAAGCAUCAUGGUUUUAUGUAUAUUUGAUUUAUGUAAUUUUGCAAUGCAGAGAAGUAAUGUACACAAGACAGCUAGGUAUCAACAUCUUUGUGAAUUCAUGACGAUGCCAGGAUAUUUUUCUGCACCUCACUGCAAGUUAUUUAGUAAUGCUACUGGGUAUGUAUAACUAACAGCUUUGUAGGAAGCACUUUUAAUGUCAUCUCCCCCCUCUUACUCCUCAGCCUACCCCAUACACAAAGAUUUUGCAAAUGUGCAUAUAUUUAUUCUGUAAUUUCAGUGAAUAUUAAUUGUAAAGGUAAUGUUUAAUCAGUGUAUAGUGAUUAUGCGUCUGGUAUAGCUUUCCUAAUAAAAUAAUUUGAAACAAUACAUACAUAUACAGAUAUAUACAGAUUUAAAAAAAAAAGGCUUGAUGGUCAAAUUUAGCUAUGCCCAGAAUAAUUUAUGUCCAUCUGCUUAAAAUAAGUUACCAUGCUGACUAACAUUGAUCGCUAUUUCAUUGCAAUUAGCAGAAUUUAUAGAGGUAAGACACAUGGGGUGAAGAAACAUUCUUUGAUAUUGUUUUAAAAUUCUAGGAUUCACUAGCACAUUACAGUAUUUCAGUAGCAAACGAAUAAAUAAUGUACAGUAAUUACUGGAUUCAAUUCUACAAGAAUUGGAAGAAAAUUAUUACUUACCGAGGUAGAGCCAUUUAAUUUAUAUGUCUACUUUGAAAAAUGAGAGCCCCACGAUAUUCCCUUAAGUAAAAUAUCUAGGGAUCACCACAGUGCUAUUCCGACCUAUUCUAGAUGAAUAAAUUGCAACGUAUACUGUACCUGUACAAAACAUCUAAUUGGGUUGUGUUCUUCAUGGUAGACAUUUAUAUUGCACAUUAUAUUUCCUAAAACAAAGUAAUCUUUAAAAUUAUAUUGUAAAAUAUAUAAAAACCCUUAAAAACCCCCAAAGAAAAUGUAAUUUUAAACUAGUUUGUUGUCCAAGCUCAUUGUUGCUGGUGGUUUAAAUAAGGAUGCAUUUAUGUAAGUGAACAGCAGGGGGAGCUUUAGUCUAAAUAUUGCAUAUUAGGCACAGGCACCUGGUUCUUGGUUAUAGAGCUCUGUAUUACUUGUGUACUGCAGCCAUUCCUGAAUCUGUUUUUCUUAGCUUCAUUUCCUGUCUAAUUUAAAUCCCGAAUCAAAUCAUUACUGUACAUUGAAUGUAAAACUGUCAGAUGUCACUAAUGCCUUACAUAAAUAUGGGAAAAUGAGAAUGUGGAAAAUAAUAGUUUGUCAUGCUUUCGUAUCAGGUCAUCUGCUCUAAUGUUUUACUAUACACUGCCAUAAAUUGUUGUAAUGAUUGGUUUUGUUGCAUGUAUACAUAUAGAUAUUUACAGAGAUUUAUAGAGAUUUGCAUUGAUUUGCAUUGUACCUAUCUAUAUGUAUACUACAUAGCAUUUAUAAUUGUUUGGUUUUGAAUUUCUUCCUGCUUUGAUCACAGUCCCUGGUCAUGAUAGUUUUCAAAAUAGCAUCACCUUUUGUGUCCAAUAUAUCACAGCGGAGGGUUUAAACUAGUAUGGUUUCGUCCCUUACUUGCACAUGCCAUAUGAAAAUCCUCUAGCUCUGACGAUUGAUUUUAUUUGAUAAACAAUAGAGAAAUGUCUACAGUAUGUAACAUAUUGUUAUAUAAGGCAGUGCGGUGCAACUGUUAAAACACUGGAAUUUAGGGAUGCCAAUCUUUAGAACUCUAAAUUGCUUUGAACUACAGUACAUCUUCCCUUGACUCCCCCGCUAAGCAUCAUGGGAUAUUUAUUUUAUUGACAGCUGAAGAGCUGAUGAUCUGUGCUGUACUAUAUUUUAUUUAGAACACCUCCUCCUUCAUUAAUAAUGCUCAUUUAAUUGACUCAGAAUGAGCCAAUUAUACCUAUUAUCAGUCCAACAGCUGGAUUUGUUUGCUUAGUAUCACAUCCGUUUGUUAUGUUAUAAAAAAGAAGAAAAAAAAAAUCCAGUAUUCACUGUAUAGUGGUUAUGCAUUCAACAGUACAAUAAAUAGGCAGCAUGCAAGUAUUUUGAAAAUAAAAUCAAAAUGCUCUAUAUAAAGAUAGAAAUCCAUUAACUCCAUGCAUGCAUCACAUCAUUGUAUUUCUUUUACAAUAACACUUUUGCGUGCAAUCCCUAGUGUUACUGGUGCUGUAAACAUUUUAAACAGAGUGCUUAUAAUCCAUAUCAAAGUAUAAUGCAAAUGUUAUGUUUAUAUAUUUUGUUAAAAAAACAAACAAACAAACAAACACAAAAACAAGAAAAAUAAUUUAAAAAAAGAUCAUAAAAAGAGAGAAAGUAAGAAAGUCUUUACUUUGAUAAAGGGACAUGUUCCACCCCUGGUUGGUGCGGAAUUCUAUUUAUUCAGUGAAAAUACAUUUAUUCUUUGAGAAUGGAAAUUUUAUAUUAAAAAAGGAGAUACUUUUUGGCUUAAAUUUUGUUUUAUUUUCUUAUGUAGGAAGCUGCACAGAUUUAAAGCUGUGUUUGUGGCUUUGCUGUGUGUGUGUGCAGGGUGGGGGGUGGUCCUUUCUGGUUGUUUUUUUUUUUUUGCUGUUGCAGAGCUAAUGUGUAACAUUUUGGGAUUGCUCUGGCUCUGUUGUCGUAGCAGACAAAGGAAACACUGUCUAGUUUAUCCCAGCUAUGAAGAGAUCACAUUUUCUACUGACAAAUAAUGAAUGCACAAGCCUUAUAUUAUGAACUAAUAUGACUAGCACCGGUCAUGAGAAUGACAAUAUUAGUCCUGAAUUCUGGCAUCUUAUUGCACAAAUGCUGACAUGUAGAUUGAUAUGUCAAAGCAGAUAUUUCCCAAUACACUAUCUAAAGAGGUACUACCAUUGAUUUAAAUUGUAUUACAUGUCCCAAGACUCAUUGAACAGUAUGUUUUCAGAUGUUUGGCUAACCAUCACAAUGAACAAAUCAGAGAUGACCUUUCUUUUACCAACAAGCCCUACCUAAUAAUAAACGUAAAGGAGAAUGGUGUUUCGAUAGUUCAAUACUUUGCUGCUUACGAUUUAUGUAUUGCUGUUGUUGCAAUUGUAACUGCUACAGAUUUGCAUAAAUCACUACUGUAUGUCCUUUAUGUAUGCUAAUCAUUGAUACCUUAAACUAGAAAUGAUAUUAGUACAUUCGAGCUUAAGUAUAUAUUCAGGAAAUUUUUUCAUGUUUUUUUCCUUGCUUUGCAUAUAUGGUGGUAAAUGUUUACAUUUAUCCCAUUUGUAUUUGUGGGAUUUCAAUGCACUAUGCAGUUGCUAUACCUUGCUUUACGUUAAGAAACCAAUUUAACUGCAUGCUUAUUUCAUUCUUAUCCUCUUGCCUUACAUGUUUUGUUUCAUCACUUGUCUAUCAAAGCCAAUGGGGAAAGUUGGCUUAUACUUGUAUCAUAUUAUUUAUAUAUUUCAGAUUUGUUUCUGAGCAAGAAUUAAUCUGCAUUUGUAAAUUGCAUUCCAUAGAAAGUACUUGGGUAUUUUUGACAACUAUAAAUAUUGUUAUAAUUAGUCCCCACUGUGUUCAACACGGAACUGAGCAACUUUACUGCUUACCAUAAGUACAUUAUCACAUGCCUCUUAAUGAACUUGUCAUAUAUGUUUUAAUGAAUCCUUAUCUGCAAUGAGGUUUUGUUACUGGCAUAGAGUGUAAAAGAAAUAUUUACACAACAAAAGGUUAAUGGAAUAUCCAGGAAAAGAUAAAAAAUAAAAAAAUAAACAUUUUAAUUAUUGACAAUUU